AUGGAAGCUAUGUUUUCAUGUGGCAGAGUUGCAUUUGCAAUCAUAACAAUAUUAUGUUGCUUCACUUCCCCUGCAAUUGCAUGCCCCCUCCCUGAAAGAAAUCUUCUCCUCGAUUUCAAGGCAGCCGUUGUAGAUGAGGAUAACACGCUAACUUCCUGGCAUGGAUUCAAUUGCUGCACGUGGAUAGGAGUCAGUUGUAAUCUCCGCACAGGCCAUGUUUCUCGACUGGAUCUGAGUGGAUACAAUUUGAAAGGUAACAUCAGUUCAUCGCUGUUCCAACUUGCACGGUUGGAGCACCUCGAUCUCAGUCACAACCUCUUCAAGGGUAAAUUCAGUCCUCCCCAUAAUCGAAAGUUGAAUAGUCUCACUUUUCUUGACUUGUCAUUUGCUGGUUAUGUAAAUUAUUCCUCUCUGAGUUAUGUACGGGAAUUUUAUGUGAGUUUGGAAAGCUUAUCAAAUCUGGUGAGCUUGGAAUACCUCUCUCUUGCUGAAGUGAACAUCUCUGCAAGCAAAGAGUGGGGUGAAGCUGUUGGCAGUUUAUCCAACCUUCAACAACUCAGCAUGUCUGACUGUGGGCUUGGAGGACAAAUUCCCAAUUCCCUUCUCAACCUCACCUCUCUGCUUCAUCUCGAUCUAUCAUACAACUAUUUGUCAGCACAUAUACCAGCUUGGUUUGAAAAUGUGACUGGGCGCUUGCUCUCUCUUGAUCUCUCUUGGAAUGAGAAUCUUGGAGGAGACAUUUCUUUCAUUGGACAACGAAAGUCUUCUUUGUCACUAACCAGGAUUGUUCUUUCAGGGACAGCCAUCAAGGGCCGAAUUCCAUCUGCUAUAUGGAAUAUCUCAUGCUUGGAGCGUCUUCGUCUUUCAGGUACCAGAAUUGAAGGUGAGAUUCCAGCUUCUAUAGGGAAUUUGUUGUCCUUGCAAAGUCUUGAUCUAUCAGCUACCAGAAUUGAAGGUGAGAUUCCAGCUUCUAUAGGGAAUUUGUUGUCCUUGCAAAGUCUUGAUCUAUCAGCUACCAGAAUUGAAGGUGAGAUUCCAGCUUCUAUAGGGAAUUUGUUGUCCUUGCAAAGUCUUGAUCUAUCAGCUACCAGAAUUGAAGGUGAGAUUCCAGCUUCUAUAGGGAAUUUGUUGUCCUUGCAAAGUCUUGAUCUAUCAGCUACCAGAAUUGAAGGUGAGAUUCCAGCUUCUAUAGGGAAUUUGUUGUCCUUGGAAAGUCUUUAUCUGUCUGAUAUCUCUAUUGAAGGUGAGUUUCCUGUCUCCAUACUCAAUCUCUCUAAACUUGUUGAAUUGGACCUGUCCUACAACAUGUUAACUGGGGUAAUCCCACCUUCAUUGGACUCACUUUCUUCCCUUGUUAGUCUUGACCUUAAUGCCAACGAAUUGAACGGUACGAUUCCAUCUACAAUUUCAAAUCUUGUUAACUUAAGAAGACUUUGGCUCCACUCCAAUAGUUUAAGCGGCCUCAUUUCCCUUUCCGUAUUCGAUAAUCUCACUAGUCUUGGUAGUCUGUAUCUUUCUUACAAUCAGUUAACUGUAAACAUUGAUUCGACAUGGAUUCCGCAGUUUAAGCUUUCCGCUUUGGCAUUAGGCUCUUGCAAUUUAGAUAGAAUUCCAUCGUUUCUUGUGACCCAAUACGACUUGGAAUAA